AAAGAAAUAAAUGGUGGGAGAAGAAUCAUAUGUUUGAAGGAGAAGGGCUGUGCCAGCCUCGCUGAAUUUGUAUGUCUUUGGAUCACUCUGCAAAUUCCAUAUAUCCUUUCCCCCUCAGACAUCGCCAAUGUUUUCUCAGCAAAUUCAUCAUUCUCCAACUGCCCCACUAUCAUCUAUCCACCCACAAGGCUUCAGACACUUGACUCCAUCAAUCUACAGGCACCAAUUCUCUCCCAACCCUCUGAAAAGACAAACCCUCCAUCUACCGCACCACCAACCCACAUUUCUCUGCGCCCAUAAAAGCAGUAAUCUUGAAGAAGGUCCGCAAGAACACUGGAAACAAUUUCUGGAAAAAUUGUCCCCCCAAAACAUUCUUGGAGCAGAGAAGGUGUUUAGACUCAUAGCUGGAGCGACCUCUAGUCCCAUUGCUCAGUACAUCCCUUCCCCUGCCACUUUCUUGCACUCUACUGACCCCAGAAUCAAAUUGACGUGGCUACUUGCUCUAGUUAUUUUACCAGCAAGGUCAGGUAUUGCUCUGCGUCUUGGUUUCGUUGUCUACUUGGCUAUAUUAUCCAUACAGAUCCAACCUACAGAAGUAUGGAAGGAUCAACUAGGAAGAGUAUCACUGCUGUCUGGGGUUCUGUUUAUAAUGUUGGCUCUAAGCACAGACUCUGCACCUUCCCUUGUCUAUUCAAGAACGCCUCCACCUUCAGUGAUGGGGAUACCAAAUUUUCCAGCAUCUUUGAAAGGUUAUUCGUAUGUAGUUUUAAAAAUGGGACCACUACAGAUUACUAGAAAGGGAUUACUAACGGCAACCACAUCAGCAUGUUUAACCUUCACGGUGUUUCAAAGUGCAAGCCUUUACCUGUCAACUACAACUCCGGAGCAGAUAUCAUUUGCGCUGCAAUGGUUUUUACGCCCUUUGGAUAAACUUGGUCUUCCUGUAGCAGAAGUCAUCCUUACACUUCUGCUCUCUUUGAGAUUUAUAAAUAUAGUUUUUGAUGAGGUUCGUAACAUUGCUCUUGGGAUCGUAUCCCGAAGGAUAAAUUGGGAGCAGCUGACUACUUUCGAGACCAUUGAUGUAUUUGUCGCAUACAUUCGUCGGAUAUUCAAGAAUAUUUUUGCCCAUGGAGAGCAGAUAUCUCAGGCAAUGAUUGUGAGAGGCUUUCGAGGAGACAUCAAAGCACACAAAAUCUUCUUGUCAGCAAAUUCAUCAUCUCCUGUCGUAAACUGCAUUUCCUUAUGCAUACUUGUUGGCUUGAUUGCUGCAGUCACCUUGCCCACACGGCUCUUUAUUUGACCUGCAACUUUUCAUCACUUGGCCAAAGCCAUUCUUCGGUAACGCUAGAUUCACACCUAAUAUUACCCUACCCCUGCCUGCACCCAGGAGGAACAACCAGCGGCAACCACCACCUUUGUUGCCCAACCGGGUUGUGGCUUUGGCUUCAUCACCCUCCACCUCCACCCACCAACAACAAGCCCUUCACCAUCCCCGUUCCAAUGUUUUAACCCGAAGGAACCACGUCCUUCAUGAAAAAUUCAACAAGGAUCAAAUCAAGCAGGUGGUUAAGUUGCAACUUUGAGGGCAAGUCGUGUUUCCGGGAGGGGAGUAAUGAUAGGUCCGAGGCUGGUUGAUUAAGCGUAGUACUUCUUUAGGAACCUCUUCAACUAGGGGUGGGAUUCAUCCUCAAUUUUUUUUUUUAAAAAAAGUAGAAAGACCUU